CCUAUAUUAGUAUAAAGUUAUGUUAGUUACCAUGGAAAUUGACAAAAUAAUAACAUUGUACUCCCAAUUUUUAAGAAAUAAUCAUGUCUUUAAACGAAAUAAAUAAGUUGAUGUGUUUUCAACAAAGUUUAGAGAAAUCCAUAUUAAACACGAUAAAUAAUUUACGCAAAUUUUCAAAUGAAGAUAUAGUAGAAAUAUAUUUAACUCAAGAAAAACAAAGAGAAGAAGAAAAGGAUUUAUUACAAUUAGAAAUGAAACAAAUCACGGAUAAACUGUAUAAUAAAAAAGAAUUUUUAAAAAGUAAUGGUACAUUGAAUUCUUCCGAUUUGGAACAAUUUAAAAAUGAAAUGAUAUCUAUUCAAGAUUCCAUACGUAACGGAAAAAUAAACUGCAAAUUAAAGCUGAAAACAUUGAAUAUUGAAUACAUAGAUAUUAUCCAAGACGUUGAUUAUUACACGGGAAAGAUGUUGGAAUGGUCUGAACCAAAUAACAUUAAAGAUCUUCUAAAUGUUAAGGUCGAUUAUAAUCGACGUAGCAACGACUUAAAAUGUGUUGAAGUAAGAGAAUUUAUGGAUUUUAUUAGAAAAAGUGGAGGACAUGAAAACGGUUGGAGUAAAGAUGACCACCAGUUAUUUAUAAAAUUCCGAAAUAAAUUUAAAGACACUGCGGUUGUUUGUCAGAAAAUAAACGAAAUAUUCCCUGAUAAAAGUAUAGAAGACGUAAAAAGCCACGACGAAUGGUAUAAACGAUACCUUCUUCUUAAGAAAAAUAAACAGGAGGCUUUAAAAAGAUGGCAAGAUUCAAAAAAUAAAAAAACACGUUUAGUUAUUACACAAAACAACAUUCCAAACAAUAAAAUAGUCUUAAAACAACCACAGGAAGAUUUAAAAGAAAAAUUGAAGAAAUGGCAAUCAGAAAGAGAAGCAAAGAUGAGAAAUAGUUUACUAAUGGAUGAAUUAAAAGAAGAAAGGAAAAGAGAAUUGGACAAUUUAAGAAAAAAGAAAAACGAAGAAGUGAAAAAAGCUGUUAAAGAAUGGAAAGCAAUUAAAAUAUCUUUAGAGCAAGAAAAUCAAUUGAAAAGAAAAUAUUUAGAGGAACAAGAAAAGAAGAGAAAAGCUGCUGAAGCUAAUAAACUUAUUAAACAAUUCCAGACACAAGAUGAUUAUCACAUUUUAAAAAUGAAACAACACAAAAAAAGACUAGAAGUAUUAUUACCAGUUAGAAGCAAAUCAAGCCACGUCGCUCAAAGGGAUCCCGACAGGAUAUUAAAACCAACAAGACAAUGGAUAAAUAGAGUUCACGAUGAAAACAUUUACCCAACAGUACCAGUUAUUCCUCUUAAGAAACUUCCAAAGUUACGGGUUCCAGACUGGAGAAAGAAUACUGUUGGAAGUGUUUAGUCGAGUCCAGAUAAAGAUUAUUGGGUCAAAGUGAAAUCAAACUAACUCUGUUAACUAGUAUUUGAGUUUCUACUAGGUUGUUGCUUGUUUUAGUUCACCGGUACCUAAGCACGUUCGGUAAUAAAAAUAUUGAUAUAUCAAUUGGGAAGUAAUGAUAUAUGGAUGAAAACAAUGAAACGCCUUUUUCAUUAUAAAUAUUUUUAUUAACUUAAAUUCAAGAAAGCCGGAUUGCACCACCACCUAGCCUUUAAAAUUUAUAUAAUUACAAUUUUUCAAAUAUACAAAAACCAAAUUAUAUUUAAAAUAGAAAAA